AUGUCGGAGGACUUCAAUCCGUGGGAUGAGCGUCCCGUGUUGGCAGUCAAAAUCAACAAAAAAACAGUCUGCAGAAGUCUUUCAUCUCUUGGCACCACAUUGAAAGCAAAUAUCCUUCAUGAGUCUGCUACCCCAAAAAAAUUGAGUAUCCACCAGUCCGCCAAAAUUACUUUGAGGAGAACCCUUUCGAAGUGUCUUUCUUCAAACACUGAUGGAGUCACAGAAUCAGCCAACCAAAAUCCUACACUAGAAAGUUCUUCCACCGAGCAGCACGUCCAUACUUCAAGUCUUAAUAGAGAUGCAUCCUGUUUUUCAAACGCCUUGUGCGGCUCUUCAUUAAAUGAGACUAGUCACGCUGUAACCGAGUUGGGUCUGCUACCCUCUAUGGCAGUCCAGUCAUCGGAUACCACACAAAAAUUAUCCUAUGUUCCUUCAAAAGUUUUCGAUACGUCGCCUCCUAAGAGCUUAUCAGGUCCACCACUCCUCGGGAUCGUUACAUCUUUAACUAAGAAGUCCGUUCAUCGGCGAGGAUCUUUCAUAUCAUCAUCUGUGGAUCCAAACCUUCUUGAACUCUCGCCUCAAAAGGAUAGACAGAUUGUUGCCGAUCCUUUUCAGAUCAGCCAUCUAUCGCCAGUCGUUCCCACAGAAGAUGUAAGAGUGCCUUCUAAAAGUAUGUCAGACUCACCUUUCUGUGGAACCGUUCAGUCAUCGGCAAAGAAAUCCACUGAUCAACGAAGCACUUUAAUAUCGGGUUCGUUGAUUUCAAUUCCUUCUAAAGUUCGUCAAAACGACGGAAAAGCAACUGCUUUCAGUUUAUUGCCAUCCACGAUUAUCGACGAUACUUCUCGUCUCAAAGAUCCACAUUCAACCGCCUCCCUAGAAGAAGAAGUUAUGUUAGCGAGGCCCACUAAGAUUGCAUAUCAGCAGUCAACGGAAAUGUGCUCCAGUGCCCAGAACAAAGUUGUCUCAUCACAUGCAAAUUUGGAAACCAAAAUUCCAAAACAGACUUAUUCUGUUUCGGCUGCUCCUCAAAUAACUAGGCGACGUGCAAUUCCCUCUGGCAACUACAUCAAGCUUAAUAUCAAGAAAAAAUGUUUCAGUAAGGGAGGUACUCGCCGCCAGUUUCGUCUCCGUUCUCAAUUUAAACGAGAUAAGUUCAACAAAAAGUUUGGAAAAACGGGUAGUUUUAAGUCCUUCAAGGGGGCUUCAACAAAACGGGGUGUCUGCUUUCGGUGCAAUCAUGAAGGACACUGGGCCGCUCAGUGCCCUCUGACAAUCGGAAAUAGUAAAGCUAAAACUCCGGCCGACCACGAGCUAAUGGAGCCAAAUUUCGCUCCUUCCGAAUGGCAGGUUGCUGAUCUGGCCUCUCUGGACAGUCGCUGGCGGCAAAUCGUUGUGCUAUCAGAUCCCGGCUAUGCUCUUUCAGGACUGCAGAAAUUUCAUUCUCCUGCAACUGCACUUGUAGUGUCGCCGCUGAUAUCAUUGAUGCAGGACCAGAUUGUUAGCUUAACAGGACCUGUCUGCGGUGCCUACCUGAGCUCCAGUCAGACACGACAGCAAAAGGACGAAAUACUCUCCAAUGCACGCAAUGGUCAAUAUGCAUACAUUUUGAUGUCACCGGAGGCUCUGGUGGAGUCAGAGUGGAUGCUGCAACCCGAUCGCCUUCCACCAAUCAGUUUUGUUUGUAUUGACGAGGCUCACUGUCUGGCCGACUGGUCCCACCACUUCAGGCCCUCUUAUCUUCGUGUUUGCAGCCUCUUGAGAACGCGUUUAAGUGUGGAUCGGUUUUUGGGCCUCUCCGCUACCUGCACCCCAUCAACCAUCAUAAACAUCUGUCACAACCUGGGUAUUUCCAAACCACACCCAUUGGACUCCUUCCUAAAUGUGGACGAGUUGGUUAAAACCAGUCAGGAUACUGAUACUCUGACAAAUCUCCUCACGGCCGAUGGUUUUCUUCAACCCGUCCUCAACCCCCUCCCACCCAACCUUCUGAUCACUGCCUCCAUGGACGCGAACCGCGAAGAAGCACUUAUCCACUUGCUUACUCAUCCUCCUUUCAACCAGCAAAUUUCUAUCCUCGUCUACGCUGCAACGCGCGAACUGACAGAACGCCUGGCUAUUUACAUAAGAACUAGCCUGCAGGAAAAAAAGGAUAAGAUUGGUAGACGUUCGGUUGGCUGGACCACUGCCGUCUACCACGCCGGCCUUUCCUCCACAGAACGGUUGCGCACACAAAAGAAGUUUAUGAACGGUCGUGUCCGCGUUCUGGUCGCCACGACGGCCUUCGGGAUGGGACUGAAUAAGAGGAACCUACAGGCAGUCAUACACUACUCACUGCCCAAGUCCUAUGAGAAUUACAUUCAGGUGAGACCUUUCGCAUUGCGGACGCGUUCACCCUUUGUCUUCUCUUUGUUCACGAGGGAUUUAGACCGGCUGCAUCCCAGGUUGGCAAGUUUUAACAGUUCCACAUCGGGCUGA